UAGCACGCAAGAGUCCAUAGAGCUCGCAGCUACACUGUUUCUGGUUGCUAGACGACUGCAGUCAGUGUAACAUUGAUGCCAUAGCUUGAGUAAGGGACACUUACAAAGCUGGGUACAUUAAGCGAUUGUAAAAUGAGCUGUCGUGUAGGCCUAUUUCUGCCCAGUAUAGUUAAAAGACUUGAUCUCAACGAAAGCAUUUGAAUUGGGAAAAGCGGAGAACUUCUGCAACGCUGUCACAACCAGCCAGAGAAGCCAUAACUAGCUGGCUAAUUAUUUCUGUGGCUAGCUACCGAGCGAACAAUCGGCUUGUUAGCUAGUGUUAACAUUCGCUUGCUAUUCUCGGAGAAGGGGCUGUAGCAUUUCGCGGAGUGCAUUGUUCCUCGUCGUUUUUGGAAAUUGGAAUAUUUUAUUUGUGCAUGUGUUUUUAUCUUUAAGCUACCAGAGUUAGCGAAGUUAGCAAAUGUCAUGUCAACCUUUUUUUCUUCGAUGACAAGCUACAAAUCAAUAGGCUGAUGGAUAACCGCAGUAUCAGCAGUCAGGCUACUUAGGUGGUUGACACAAGUUAACUAAAUGCAAUUUAGUUAGGUGGCACGUUUAGUUCACGUUCGAUAGCAAGCUGGUGAGCUUGCAAAAAUAAACGACUUAACAUGAAGUCGAAUAACUUAUUUAGGCAAAAGAACAGCUAACUAGUCUAUGGGAAGGUUGAGUUUGUAACACAACAGACCUAGGAUGGUCAUGUGUAUUAUUCUGACAAAUUAAAUGAUUAGGUUAUUGUAGUCUAUAAUUAUUAGACUGCUAAGUAAGCUAACGUUAUGUCGGUUGUCGCAGCCAGUGAUUUCCUGACGGAUGAAGAGUUGGAAGAUCUGGGUGAAGAUGGACUUUCAGUUGUCACCUAUAUGUCAGAAACCGAGAAGCAACCUAGAAAAAAGAAAACAUCAAGUAAACCGCCUCCAUCACCUAAAUCACCUUAUUUGUCUAGCACAAACCUGCACUCGAAGAAGGCAGCAGUGUGGCGCUCUCUGAAAGGGACUGGGAUGAUGCAUAGUGAGAACCCGACAGCACGUGCACCUCGGGAGUUUUGGCUGGCAUCCCUCAAAAGUGGACUUGCCCUGUCCCAGCCUUUGAAAGCGGACUGUGAUGUAACGUCGGCUAGAAUGUCUACUUCCACAAGCACACCUGAGUACCUGAAGGAGGCCUUUGGCAUGAAGAAACCGAAGCACUCUCGUACCUCCAGCAACGGUUACAUUCCAGGAACUCCAGACUUUAAAGAGAAAGAAGACAUGUAUGAUGAGAUCAUUGAUCUGAAGAAGUGUCUGCAGGUGCAGAAAUCAGAAAAUGAUUUGAUGAAGACAAAACUGCGUAGACUGGAGGAGGAUAACAGCAAAAAAGAAAAACAAAUUGAGCAGCUGCUUAACCCCACCAAGGGCUCUGAAUACACACGGGCAUUUGUUGAUAAAAGGAAUGAUGGAAGUGCAGUCACGAAUAGCCUGAAACAGAAGAUUCUAAAGCUGGAGCAACAGUGCAAAGAAAAGGACAGCGCAUUAACCAAACUGCAGAGUGAUUUGAAGACCACCAAUAUGGAGGAAAUGAAGAUUGCACUGGAGACGUACUUUGAGGAAAUUCAGAGGCUAAAGGUGUUACUUGUCAGUGCAGAGACUGCAGAGAGAAGCAACCGAGCUGAGAGAAAAGAAUCCCUGAAGCAGCAAAAAGUCCUCAACUCAACCAUCCUGAGACUGUCGAAAAAUAGCAAACAGUUGCAAGAGGAGAAUCAGUCUCUCAGGGAAGAACUUGAGAGAGCAACAGAAAACCCCUCGAGCACUGCCAGAGGUUACAGUGAAUGGAGCAAGCAAAGGCUGGUGAGGCGCAUCACUGAGCUUGAGAAGAAAACGGAGGACUCCGGACGUGCGCAGUCGUCCAAGGAGGCGGAUGUGGCGGGCGGUGCCAGGGCCACUCACGUGAGCACGGCGGCGGUGACGAGCGCGGACCCGGCCGUGCAGGGAGUCGCCGCGACCCCCUCGGGGAGCGACCAGCAGGAGUGCGCGCGCCUGCGGGGGCUGCUCAGGAAGCUGCGGGAGGAGAGGGCGGGGCUGCAGGCGUCCCUCGCUGAGAGGACUGCUGAGAUGAAGCUGUUAUCCACUGAGAAAGCUGAAGCUGCUGAAGAAGUGAAGAGAUUGAAGACAUUUGAACAAGAGGCAUCUCACCACAAUGAGGAGAUUGAGAAACUGACAGGAAGAGUCACAAGUUUGGAAAAGGAACUGGAGGAGGAGAGGCGUCUCAGGGCAGAGGUAGAGCAGAACUAUCAGGUUCUGAAGGUAGCCUCUUCAGGCGACGUUGCGAGCCAGUUUCAGGACAGUCUGGGGCACACUCCCGAAAGCUCUGCACCUACCACUCUAUCACCACCAGGUCGCCACCGAGUAGCGAGGGAGACGGAGGACAGCGCAGCAAGGACCAUACAGAGACACUGGCAUCAGUAUAAAAGCACGAAUAAGAACAAAGCCGAAUAUUCUGAGGAGGACUUGGUCAUAAUUCAGUCAGCAAUAAGGGGACAUUUGACCAGGCAAAAACAAUUGACAUACUUUAAAGACCACUGUCAGAACAGAAUUCAAAAGGCCCAGCAGAGGGAGCCCACAGGGAGCAGUGGUGUUCAGGGAGGUCAGGAUGAGGAUGAUCACGCGGUGACACUCCUGCAAGCCGCGUUCAGAGGGCACCUGGCACGCUGCCGAUUCAUUACCAACAGUGUUUCUUCUGGGCCCGAGUCACAGAUCUCUGCUCCCAGGAUAGUGAGCUCUAUACCUACACCAGCGCCACGAAGGCUCACCUCAGCCAUCCCGAGCUACCAGAUAAGCACCCAAGGUAACGGAGGAGGUAGCAAUGCUACUGGGAGCGAAGAGGAGGAGAUCGAGGAGGACAUCCUGGAUGUGACUGAAAUGGACACUGAUGAAAACUGUAACAGUGUGGACUCCAAACUGCACAGCGCUGUCAGACAGAAAGCAGUUCCAGCACAGUUAAAACUCCAUCAGCCCACAGACACCGAAGCUGCCAAAGCAGGUGACUCUGAUGACUCCGAUGACAUCAUAGUCUCUCCAUCAAGGCCUGUGAGGCGAAAGGACUCCUACUUCUAGCGUUCGUUAGGUUUCAUUGUGCACUUAAUUUAAUGUAGAUUUUGGUCAAAAUGAACACAUCAUAUCCAUGCUUGCAUACAUCUUAAAAAUCAUUUUUGCUAAUCAAAAUCCAGCCGAGGUGUUUGAAUUUUACUUUGGCUCAGCAUUAAUUGCAUGAGUACUUUCAGAAUGAACUAUGAAAAUGGUGCCCCUAAAUUAUGCAGUAGAAUCAGUCAUGCAUUUGCAGACUCUUUACAAAAUGUAAAAAAUGUGAUUACAAGCAUCGGUUUAAUUUGCUGCAGUCUGUGUAAUCAUGAAUAAUCUGUAUGGGUUAUACUGUCCCUUUAUUUGCGUUAAGCUUGUGUAAAGUGAUUUCAUAUUUGUCAAGGUUCCACAUGAAGUGCCUUCUGUCACCGGGAAGAUUUUGAUUGAUUUAAUGAUGAUAAAAAUAUCAUGAACAUACAAGAUGUAUGGAUUUUUACAGGGUUAUUGUAUUAAAGGUAUGCUGUGAUGUGCCUUCACACUGUGAUAACCACCCCUUCAUGACCCCAUUACAUUUCAGCAUCUGUUGCUUUUUUCUUCUAAUCUGCUUUAUCAAAAAACCAGAGGCUGCGACUUGUUCUGCAGUGCAGUAAAGUAAUACAGAGACACUGCAACAUUUGGAUCAGACUGUGACUUUCCCCUAAUGAUGUAAUGCAUCCUUGCAGUAGUGCACCAUUACCCAACCCAUAUACAUUUUUUUCAAAAUCCUCAAAGAGUGCAUUGUUAAUCAGUGAUAAGUAUAAUGCAUUCUUGCUUUUAAGUGAGUCUUGUCUGCAUGGAAUGCUAUUUUUUUGAUGCAGUGCCUUGUGUAAUAAAAAAAAGUUUUUAAUUUUUUAAA